AUCUUUGAAAACACACACACACCUGUUCGGCUUUUCGCUCCCCGCGGCAGUUGGCGCGGGUGCCGUCGGCAGGAACGUCCUCCUUCCUAAACGGGGACGUAAUAUUCUAUGGCGUAGAGUUUAUUUGACUACAUGACAUCUUCGGGGUAUAUCGCCCUGCUUCGACCUCCUGUAGGACGGACGUUUUGCUACCUUAUUUGUGGCAUAUUUAUUGGAUUCAGUUCAGCAUUUAUGCUGCUUUCUAUUUCUUCAAAUAUUUCUUCAUUUGGCGACUUUCUGAUACCUUUAAGACCAGGGCCACGUCAUGGUGAUUCUCAUGGGCAUGGCAAAGAUUCUAGUGAGAUGUUACCGCACCCUCAGAAGUUUGGAGCGCAUAGCUCUGACGAAGACUUUCAUAAAGGCGAAGACAUUGUGGCUCAGAAAUUAGCUGAAAAAGUCAGAGUAUUGUGUUGGAUUAUGACAUGCCCUUCUAAUCACAGGAAAAAAGCACGCCACAUCAAGGCUACUUGGGGGAAAAGAUGUAACAUUCUCCUCUUCAUGAGCACAGCUAAUGAUACAUCUCUUCCAACUGUUAAUCUUGGCAUCGAAGAAGGAAGAGAUUACCUUUGGUCCAAAACUAAAGAAUCUUUUAAAUAUGUUUACAAACAUUACUUGGAUCAAGUGGAUUGGGUCUUGAAAGCAGAUGAUGAUACGUAUGUUAUUGUUGAAAACCUUCGUUUCAUGCUUUCUGCUUAUAAGCCAACAGAGCCAGUGUAUUUUGGAUGCAGAUUCAAGCCAUUUGUUAAACAGGGUUAUAUGAGUGGUGGAGCAGGAUAUGUGCUCAGCAGAGAAGCUGUAAAAAGAUUUGUGGAGGAUGGUAUACCAAACAAAGAGAAAUGUCGUCAAGAUCAUGGAGGUGCAGAGGAUGUUGAAAUAGGUAUUUGUUUGGAAAGAGUUGGAGUGAAAGCAGGGGACUCACGUGAUUCUGAAGGAAGGGGCAGAUUCUUUCCCUUUGUUCCUGAUGAUCAUAUCACUAUAGGCAAAAUUGAUCGAAGAAAUUGGUACUGGGAGUACAUAUACUAUCCAGUAAAGGAGGGCUUGGAAUGUUGUUCUGAUAGUGCCAUAUCUUUCCACUAUGUGCCUCCACAACAAUUGUAUGUCCUUGAGUAUCUUAUAUAUCAUUUAAGGCCAUAUGGAAUCAAUCAUGCAGUAGAUCUACCAGCACACGAGGCUGCAGAAAAUUUAAGUACUGUGUCAUCAGUAUCAUCUGCUGGUGUAUGAUCUUCAACUCUUUUAUCAUUAUCACCAGUCACAGGCGAAAAAUCAGUCUAUCUCAGCAAGAAAUGAACACAUUCAUAGGAUAAAUAGGUAAAACUUUGAACUGAUAUGAUUAGAAGUUCUAUUUGUUAUCGAUACUUCCACAAUUGUAACAAAAAGUUAUAUUGUUUUACUUUUUACUGCAGCAAAAAAGCAUACUUGUGUGUAUCGUAAGGGCUCGAACAUAAAACUCAGAUGGAAAAAAAAAUUGAAAUUUGAAAAAAAGGUCAUUUUUUGGGCAUGGUUAUGUACUCCUGCCAGACAUCGUCGUCUCCGUCAUACCGACGGACAGAUGGACGUAGUAUGGACAGACGGACGGUCUCGGGGCGGCCGCUUUCAUGUGUCCUGCCUUUUGUCCGAGACUCCCAUUAUGGGACAUUAAUUAAUUAAA